GUUUGUUUUUUUUUUAGAAAAGAAUCAUCAAUAAUGAAUCGCAUUGAGCAAACUUAUGACGAUCUCAAGGCGUACUUUCGAGGACACAACAAAAUACGCGAGCAGCGCAUUCACUCGUCCAAGGUGCACUCGGUAUGCUGGAACGCCAAUGGCUGUCACCUGGCCUCUGGCUCCUUUGACAAAACAGUGGCUGUGUAUGCGUUAGAACGUGAUCGUUUUGUCAAGAGCCAAGUGUUCCGAGGACAUACUGGCUCCGUGGAUCAGCUGUGCUGGCACAAGAGUAAUUCGGAUCAGUUUGCCACAGCCAGUGGAGAUAAGACUGUACGCAUUUGGGACAUACGCGUGGCCAAAUGCGUUUCAGUUACAAGUACCAAGGGCGAGAACAUUAACAUAGCCUGGUCGCCAGAUGGCAAAACUAUUGCAGUGGGCAACAAGGAAGAUUUGAUAACAUUUAUUGAUACACGGACCAACAAAAUACGCGUAGAGGAGCCAUUUAGCUUUGAGGUCAACGAAAUAUCUUGGAACAAUACAAAUGAUUUGUUCUUCCUGACAAAUGGCAUGGGCUGCAUGCAUGUACUUAACUACCCAAAUCUGGAGCCUCAGAUGGUAUUGAAGGCACAUCCUGCCAACUGUAUAUGCAUAGAAUUUGGACCAACAGGUAAAUACUUUGCCACGGGCUCAGCAGAUGCACAAGUGUCACUCUGGGAUGCCAAUGAGCUGGCUUGCCUGCGCAUGAUAAGCCGUUUGGAGUGGCCCGUGCGCACCAUAUCCUUUAGCCACGAUGAGCGCUUGCUUGCCUCCGCCAGCGAGGAUUUGAUCAUAGACAUUGCCUACACAGAAACGGGUGAGCGUGUCACAGAUAUUCACGUGGAUGCAUCUACCUUUACGGUAGCCUGGCAUCCCAAGCAAUAUCUGCUAGCCUAUGCCUGUGAUGAGAAGGACAACCUUGGCGAUAGACGACGCGAUGCGGGCAAUGUUAAGAUCUAUGGUUUCGCUGAAUAAACUCAAAGCUAUCCCAAAAUAGACUCUGUAUAGUAUAUAUAGUGUUUAAGUGCUCGAAAAUGUAUAUGUGUUGGUAAUCUGUGCAUGCAAGUACUUUUUUUCACGCACACUCUCACUUGUAAUU